CUUAGCAACCCGAAAAGACACCAUCAUUUGUAAUUUACAUGAACUCUCUUCAGAUUUACUCUCAUUCUUCUCUUAUUCCUACUCUUACCCCUUACUUACCAUUUUCAUGCACAUUAUCAUUGCUAAUCUGUUGAUGCAAGAUCCCAAGACCAACUCUGUUACAUCUAGGAAGCCUUGGUAUCAAAGAGCAUUAGACAUGGCUACUCUAUGGAAAAUUACCAAUCCAAAGUCUACAAAUAUUCCAUCGCCUAACCAGACUUUAAAGAAAACUCAUUCAUCAUCAUCAUCAUCCUCCAAAUUUACUACCACAAGAAAUAACACCCCCAACAGAGAAAAACUAAGAAAGUCGACAUCUUUAAAGGUCGCCACCUCAUUCACCCGUGUUUGCCUAUGCGUCCCUAUAUCUUCUUACACGGAGGUUUUCCAGCAAGCUGAUGUACCCCCUAGAAGAAGCAACACGUAUCCACGAUCAAAACCAUUUCCAAAUUGUACUCAAGAACGCCAUCCAACAACUCCAAGAAUGAGCAUAGAAGGAAGGAGAAUAUUUAGAGGGAAAUCUUUAACUGAUGACGUGUUAAUGAGAAGAUUUGUAGUCGAAGAGGAAGCGAUGAUGCAAGUGAGGAGGCGAAAUGAAAUGGAAAUUAUACGGAAGAGAAAUUCUAAAAGACGGAGAAGACUUGGUCCAAGCCCACUAAGUAGAAUGGUUUUGGCAGAAGAGGAUGGAUUUUAAGAUUUUGGAAGUGUGCAAUAGCUUCAUCUUAUGUUCUCAUAUUACGUACCUAUAUAUGGUACUUCAUUUUGUAUUUACUAGUCGUUUCUUUAAUUUGGCUUAUAAUGAAUUCCCAAUAUUGGUUUGCUU